AUGGACAUGGAAAGUGAUCUGGUCGAGGAGGUACUGAAGAUCCUCGAGGAAGUUUGUAUAAUUUUGGAAGGUAUUCGAAAAUCACUUGACAAAGAUGACAAAAGGCCGAUCCAGGUUUCAAUUCCGGACCAAGAACAGCGACAACCGCAAAAUUUUCUUCAUGAUACAUCAGCGAGAAUAGCGUUGGCGCGGAACAAAGAGUCCUCAACAAAGCUAGGUUCACGCGAGAAAUGCCCAGAGCUAUUGGAUGAUAGUGAAGCCACCCAUGGUUUCCAACUUAUUUACGAAGAGUUGAAAAGUUGGGUUGACCGACACUACACUCGCUUGUCAUUCACAAGGAACUCCGACGAUGCACAAUCAAGCCACGAUUACACGAAUCACCCCCCAGGCCCUUUUAAGUACUGCCCAGAUACACUCCACAUGAUUCAUGGGGAAAUCUUCGAACGCCUCUUCACUUCCAUCCUGGCCCCUUUCAUAGUAGGGACGAGUAACGUUUCUUUGGAUCACCACAUGCGACUGAUCGACAAGGAAGUACAACAGCUAUGCCCGGCUCAGGUAUGGCAAAACUGGCGGUCCGUCUUGAGCACUGCUAUUUCGUCUCACGGAAAGGAAAGCCUAGAAAGAACCCGUGACGGAAUUAUGCACCGUACCGAAGCAAAGUUUGGACAGAUGUCUACGACCGGCUCAAAGGAAAGACAGAAGGAGUUAAGGGAGAUCGUUUGGAAGUGUUUAGAGUUUAAGAAAAAACUGGAAUGUCAGGGCAACCUUUUCUAUUUUUGGUGGAGUCCACCAGGAGCGGCCUUGCGCGAGGAGCGCAUGGUCAGUAUCACGGAGCAAUACCCGACCAACGGGAAGGUUGGACGAACGUUAUGGCCCAUGUUUUACCGACAACUUCCGGACGAAUGGGUUAUACUGGCGAAGGAAGUAGUCAUUACGAGUCCGGGCCAUCAAAGGGAACUGAAAUUCCGAAGCUCUCACAGUCCGGAACCCCAGUUGGUUCAUGACACAUGA